AUGCAGAAAGUGAAAGAAUUCUCCUCCACCACAGGUCUGGUCAUGAGUGUUCCCAAGAGCAAAAUCUACAUGGGUGGAGUGGAUAGUGAAUGUCAAAAUAUACUGAUGCUUGAAACUGGUUUCCAGAUUGGGCAAAUGCCUUUUAGGUAUCUUGGAGUUCCCUUGGAUAGUAAGAGGCUUACUAUCAAUAACUGCCAACCUCUUAUUGAUAGAAUGACUUGUAGAAUCAAGCACUGGUGCACUCGAAUGCUAUCUUAUGCUGGCAGAUUCCUCUUGAUGAAGAGUGUACUUUUUUCUAUUGCAAACUACUGGCUGCAGAUUUCCCCCCUUCCCAAGAAGAUCAUUCAUCACAUUGAAAGUCUGUGCAGGAGCUUUUUAUGGACUGGUAAAGACUCUAUUAGUAACAAGGCUCCCAUCUCUUGGGAACAUGUUUGUGACCCUGUAGCUGCUGGUGGACUUAGCCUCAUUGACCUGACUAUAUGGAAUCGUGCUUCAUUGGGCAAGAUGCUUUGGAAUCUGAAUGCUAAGAAGGAUAGAAUGUGGAUUAGCUGGGUUAGUCACUACUAUAUGAAGAGAGGAGCUGAUGCUACAAAUUACUGUGCUAAGCAAAGUGAUUCUUGGAUCAUCAAGUCUAUCUUUAAGUAUAGGGACCUGUUUAUGAGUUCUAGAGCGUGGAAUGAGUUCUUACAAACAGGUACAUAUAGAACCAAGCAAAUAUACCUGGAGUUAAGAGGGGAUCGUGGACUGGUCUCGUGGAGGAACAUCUUCAGAGGGAAUAUGGCUAGCCCAAAAGCUUUGUUCAUCUUGUGGAUGGCUUGUCAGAAUCGCUUACACACCAAGGAUAGGCUGAAUAAAAUCGGGAUUAUGACUGAUGGUGUCUGUUUAUAUUGUAAUGAGACUGAAACUUGUGUGCAUCUCUUCUUUGCUUGUAGGGAAACUCGAGUUUUCUGGCUGCAGGUGUUGAAUUGGAGUCAUAUUCCACAUUCGCCUCAAGCAUGGACAGAGGAACUAAGAUGGGUUACAACUGCUGCUAGAGGGAAAAGCAAUAGAGCCGAGCUUCUCCGCAUAUGUGUAGCCGAAGUCAUCUACCAUGUGUGGAUAGUGCGCAAUAACCGUGUCUUUAAGAAUGAUAGAAUGGCGCAUCUUAAUCUGCAAUGGAUGCUAGAACGGAUCAAGUAUCGGGCUAAUCUUGACAAAAAAUUAAGAGAUUAUGUUGAUGCCUUGUAA